AUGGUGAGAAGCUCUUGUGGUGACAAAAAUGGAUUGAGAAAAGGCAAGUGGACUCCUGAAGAAGACAACAAGUUGAUUGCUUAUGUAACUAGAUAUGGCUCAUGGAAUUGGCGACAACUGCCUAAAUUUGCAGGUCUUGAGAGAUGUGGGAAGAGUUGUAGACUAAGGUGGUUGAACUAUUUAAAACCAGAUCUCAAAAGAGGAAACUUUACUCAACAAGAAGAAGAUACUAUCAUCAAACUUCAUCAAAAACUGGGUAAUAGAUGGAUUGUGAUUGCUGCAAAUUUACCAGGAAGAACAGAUAAUGAGAUAAAGAAUCAUUGGCACACAAACUUGAAAAAACGUUUUGUGAAGAAUACUAAAUCAGACACAGACACUAAUAGUGGAACAGGAAACUCCAAACACACAAAUUCGGAUAACCCUACAAUGGCAGAAGAAAACAAACAUGAAGGGGUGUUAGAGAACAAUUGUGGUCCCAAUAUUAAAACUCCAUUGUCUUCAAUCCCAUCUUCAAGUGGAACAAAGGAUACUCCAACAACUACGGAAAUAUCAUAUGAAAACUAUCUUCUUGAUGAGUUUCCUUUAAUGGACGCAUACAUGGAUGUUUUGAAUGAUAAUUUCUGGACAGAACCAUAUAUGAUAGACAAUUCAUAUGUCCCUCCAAGUGAUGAAGCUACAUUAAUAGCUGUGGGAUAUGAACAUGAAUACUUCAGUCCUGUGUACCAUGAACAGCUUUGGCGCCAUGGAGAAUAA